AUGGGGACGGCGGUGGGUGGGGGUCCUGGGGACGAAGCCGAGUUCAAGGACAAGCUGAGCCCGGUGGCCCUGAGCGUGGCCCUGGCACUGCCCCGGGAGGCCCCGGGGCUGGUGCUCUAUGGGAACACCCUGGUGCAGGCACAGACCCACAUCAUCCUGGAGGACUGUGGCGAGGACAAUCUCUGCAUCCCCGACCUCCACCUGGCUGCUGACACCCCCAGCCAGCGCCUGCUGAUCGGGGCGGAGGCCGCGCUGCGCCUGCGUGCCCACGCCUCCAACGCGGGCGAAGGCGCCUUCGAGGCCGAGCUGAGGGUGCAGCUGCCCCCUGGCACCCACUACCAGGCAGCCCGGAGCACCAUCCCGGGGCAGGAGAAGCUGAGCUGCAACCCCAAGAAGGAGAACGGGACCCACGUGGUGCUCUGCGAGCUGGGCAACCCCAUGAAAGCGGGGGCCCAGGUAAGGGGGUGGGAGGUCUCUCUGCUGUGACACUGCCGUCCCCCUGUCCCCUCCCGCUGUCGGGACACUGGCACUCGGGAUCGGUGUCCUCAGCGUGUCCCCAAACUCGCUGUCUGUCCCUCCCCCCGCAGCAAGAACAGCCCCAGCUCCACGAACGCGUCGGUGACAGUGACAGUGCCCGUGGAGGCUCAGGCAGAGAUGGAGCUGCGAGGCAACUCCCUGCCAGACACGACGGUGCUGCCCACGAGCUGGCAGGGGGUGGAGGGCAGCCGGCGGCUCGAGGACCACGGCAUCAAGGUGGAGCACGUUUAUGAGCUCCACAACAAGGGUCCCAGCACCGUCAGCGGGGUCUCCCUGCGCCUCGCUGUCCCCCACCAGCUGGGCGGCCACGUCCUUCUCUACCUGCUGGAGCUGGGCACCGAGGGGGGCAUGAACUGCACCCACCACCCCGACCUCAACCCCGCCCAGCUGGAGAUCGCCCGUCCCACGGGAGCAGCGCCCGGGAACGGCACCCGCCAGCGGGAGCGCCGGGAGGCGGAGGAGCCCCCGGGGCUGGGGCUGGGGGAGCCUGUCCCCGUGGACUGUGACAAUGCCACGUGCGUGGACAUCACCUGCCACGUGCCCAGCCUGGGCAAGGACCAGCGGGCACUGGUCAGUGUCCACGCCCUGCUCUGGAUGGACACCCUGCAGCAGCGGGAGCACCUCCUGUCGCAGUUCCUCAUCCAGUCCCAGGCGUGGUUCAGCACCUCGGCCAUGCCCUACCGGGUCCAGCCCCGCUUCCUGCCCGCCGGCAACGCCACGGCUGUCACACGGGUGGUUCGUGCCAGCCCCGGGGGCAAGGGGGCCGUGCCGGUGUGGGGGGUGGUGCUGGGGGUCCUGGCCGGGCUCCUGCUCCUCACCCUCCUCAGCCUCUUCAUGUGGAAGGUGCUGCUGCGGGUGCAGGUGUACGAGAGCGGGACGCUGGCCCCGCUGGCCCAGGCCGUGCUGGACGUGUUCGGGCUGGUGGCGAUGGCGGCGGGUGUGACGGACAUCACCACCUACCACACCAUCUUCCUGCUCACCAUCCUGGGUGCCCUGGCCCUCCUCGUCCUCAUCCUCCUCUGCCUCCUCAUCUACUACUGCAGGUCAGCACCCCCCUGA